AUGAUUUUCUUUGUGAUACUUGCACUGCUGUCCUGCACCGAGACAAGAGGGCCUGAACAUGUGUUCGUGGAGCAUGGAAAAGACUUACUUCUGGAUAUUAAGGGCUCUGUUGCACUCACUGAAGGGGCAGAUUUUUUCUGGAGAUUUAAUAUAAUUCACAUAGUAGCUAAAAGUAAUUAUCUUAUUUCAGUAGUGUUUGGCACAUAUAAAGGCAGGGCUAAGAUUUUUGUACAAAAUAAUUCUUUGCUGCUGAAGAAUGUGCAACACAGUGACAGUGGCAAUUAUAUUGCAAUAGUAAGUGGGGAACAAAACCAGAGGGUAGCUGAAUACAAGGUCAUAGUCCAAGAUCCAGUUUCUCCAGUUAACCUGACAGUGGACUCUGUGGACAGCAGUUCAGACUCCUGUAACCUCACUGUGACCUACAGCACAGUGGAUUCUCACAUCAGCAGCAGGUUUAGAUGUGACACCCAAAACUGCUCUCAGGUAAAAAAUGGUAGCUUGAAAGCCAAGCCCCGUUCUUCCACUCUCAUUAUUUAUUUCCAGCAAGACUUCAUCAUCUGUAAUCACAGCAACCGAGUGAGCUGGAAACACAAGACAGAAAAGAUAACAUGUUACUGCAAGACACUUUCAGAUAUAUCACCAAAUUUGUCAUUUUCUUUUGACCAUCUUGUGCUUAAUGUCACAUUCUGGAUCUGGAUUUGUGGUGAAGUCAUGGUUUUCUGUGUUGCAGGUUCAGAGAGUCCUUCUGAUGGCAUCUCCAUCUGUCUGCUGAAGGCACUCCUGUUCUCCAUCGGUCUGAUCAUCAUGGUGUUAGCUGUAAUCAGUGUCUAUCUCAUAGCGAAGCAUAAGAAGAAAAAAUAA